UGGGUCUCGAAUCUCGAACAAUCAUUUCAAUCAUUUUCACACCUUGACUGUGACGCCAACUAGGAGGCAACCACAGCCCAAUUCUGUAACUCCUCGCCACUCUCGCUUCUUCGGAUAUUUUUUUGGCGGUCAUCUUUCUCUUGCACUCAACAUGUUGAAAGCUUCCAAAUACGGCCUUUUGGCUUCGCCUUUUUUCAUCUUCACGGCUGCAAGCGGUUCUUUUCAACCAGAACAUCUUGCCGAGAAAUGGAAUAGCGCUUCUGUUCAAACUGCAACAGAAGGCCACCUCAAUUCACUGGAAACCCCGCCGAACCUCAAAAGUGACGUCCUUGAAGUUGUGGUCCCUGGCACACUGCUUACAACGUCACGUUUGCUAACUGAACGGAUCGCCAUAGACAGUUUUCACUCUCGAGCUCAAUCCGAACCUCGUCUUUCCCUGCGCACCAAAAGAACUACCAAUCAGCGUUCGAAGAACGUCACAAACCUGGCCCGUCGCGCCUCUGGCGCACCACACGUUGCACAUUCAGCAUUGUCUACCUCAACAGCUGACUCUCAAGAUACUCCCGAUGCCGAUAACGACAACGAUUCAGACACAAACACCAACUCGAGCCCUCGAGUCACCACUAGUGCCUCUGGUCCAACACCAACACCGAUGGGCUCUUCCCGCUCGUCAAAUUCUACUUCGUCUUCUCAAGCGACACGUUCGCGAGGAACACCCACCUCAUCUGCUAGCUUGGCUUCCCACGCUACUGCAACUUCCGCCGCCUCCCCCUCCGCCAGUCCAUCUGCUCCGCAAACUGCACCUACUUUUGGAGACUUAUUUUCACACCUCAAUUCAUACUUCCAGCCGUCGAAUGGUGCUUUCCCAUUGGCCAUCAUGAUCACAGUCGCCGCAGCCAUCUUACUUUUGCUGGUCAUCAUCUCGGUGGCUAAAUGUAUAUGUCACAGACCCAAGUUUGCCAACGCAAAGGACUAUCCACAAGGUUUUCCAUGGGAGUCCAACAAUCCAAACCGUCCGUCGGACGUCAAGCACAAGCGCACACCUUCAAGCCCCUUCUCCAAAUCUGCUGAAGGAAACUGGAGCAAGAUGGAUAAUGAAAAGUCUUUACAAACAAAUCAUGAAUUAAACAGUUGGCAGCCUGAUCCCUCAUUAUCACACUCAUCGCACGUACAAGUAGCCCCUUCUCCACUUCAACUCAGUGAAACCGCCAAUGUUCAACGUACCUCACCCGCUCCCUUCUCCGUUACAUUCGAACCUCAAGAGGGGUGGACGCAAAACCCGCCUGUUUUGCAUAGUCCAGCCCGUAGCUCCGGUUUUGUUUUUCCAGCCCAACCUUCACCUACUUCAUACGACCCACUGAGAGCUCAAUCACCUUAUCAUGAACAUCAAAGUUCGGGACAUUCAGAUUACCACGAUCGAGCUCCUUCACCAAAUCAACAUGCGUCUGGUCACAUCAAGACUUCCGCAACUGUAACAGCGCCCCGGUACCCCGGUUGGGUUGGAGUUUAGAUUGAUCUAACAGAAAUGUACCAGUGCGCGCCUUUCAGCGUUGCUGCCUUUUAAAACGCAAUUGGAUCCUGCUGGUCAAUCAAUCUCACAUGGUCAGAAAUCAUCCGAAUUUUCUCGGUCCUUCGGCAAUUCUAUUAGAUUGGAAACAUUAUUUACAAACGUUAAAUCAAGUCGAGUCAUCCGUUACAAUGUCCAAUAGCGGACAUGCAAUCACAGGCAUGUUGCUCAAAACAUAACAAUGUCUCUCAUCACUCUCAUUGACUUUAGAUACCAUGGCGUGCCAUUGAAUUGUUACUUGGUAAUCAGAUAUACUAUAAAUGUGUAUUUUGUCGAGCAUGUUUGUUAUACUUGUAGUUUCAUCAGGGAAGUUCCUAUUCUUAUUUUCUUCGUAUAUAUAUAUAAUAUUCUGCACGCAGC